AUGCUCGGAGAAAAUGAACAGAUAACAGUUAAAACUAAAGGUACUCAAGUCAGUUACCCUAAUAGACAGAACUGUGGAUUUGAAGAGAAAAAUGCAAUUGAAAAAGCAUAUCAGAAUGCAAGAGGGCAAAAUGAAGCAUGGACUUCUCUAAAAUGUGAUGCAACUCCCUCUCAAGUUCUGCAGAAGCCAAGAGGAGUUGAGAGGGGCACAUUUUCAUCAGUAAGAAAUGUGACAUCAGAGGUAUCCUCAGAGAUCAGCUCCAGGCAAAUCCAUGAUGAUGGUUCAUCAAAUGGUGAUUUAUGCCUCACGCCAGCAAAGGAAGUGGAACAAGUGUCUCAACUUGAUUUGCCAUCGAGUAGAACCAGUGGGUCUGUAUCUGUUGGAACUAAUGUAACUACUUUAACCGGAAACCGUCUUACCAUCAAGAAUGGAACCAAAGAAGUGGUGGUGGUUUUUAUGAAUUCUUCACAAUCUGUUGGGUGUGGAGGACAAACAACUGAAAAUGAUCAAGAGCAUGAAACUCGUGCAACAACAAAGUCAGUUCCAGCUGCAUCAACAACAACAGCACCUAACACUGUCGAUGGGCGAGUUCUUCUAGAUGCAAGUGGAGAUCAGACGAAUGAUGAUAGUUAUCAUCAUUCCUUUCAGAAACUUGAGCGACCCAUGCCUAUAAUACUCCAUGCGCACAGACCACUUUUAAGUGCUACUAUCAAUGGACCACAAACAAGUAUGGCAGUUGGUGCAAAUGGUGCAGUACUGGAACAAAACACAAUCUCAUCUGAUGAAAAUGCAGUUGACAAUAGAAGGGAUCUUGUUCCAAUCAGAGAGAGUUCUGCUCAAGGUUUUUCAAGAAACUUUAAUGCCAGUGAUGCAUGCAAUGGUAGCACCGAGAACUUCUUUCCUGUCAGAGAGGUCUUAGCUCAAACUCUUCCAAGACACUGCUGUAGAGAUGAUACAUACGCUGGGAGCUCAUCAUACCAGAAUAGUGGACUACAGAUGCAGUUUCCUUCUUUAGUACAGUCAUCUGCUUACAGAGAAGAUGCAGGUGUAAAUGCAAGAACUUUGCUGUUUGAAGAUCCAGCAGCCUACCAGUAUGGACGAGAUCAAUUAAGCUCUGAUGAAGACCCUGUAUCUGAAGCUCAUUUCCAAACACAAAUGCCUUUAAUGGGACAGCAUAGUCUUUAUGGAAGACUACCAUCAUAUGGACAACAUACAUUACGUAAUCCAUACAGAGAUGAAUUCACUGACAUAGCACGUGAGCCAGCAUAUCAUGUACAUAGAGAGCCCAUUGGUGUUCUUCGUUGUCGAAGGUUUGGGUCAAGUUACAGUGGGCAGUAUGCCUAUUCUCUUCCUCUGCGAAAUCCUGAGAGAGCUCAUAGAAGACCUUUCCCAGAUUUGAGACCACACAUUUAUCGUCGAACAGCAUAUCCAGAACAACCUUUUUAUGGCUAUGUUGAUGGUGGAAAUAUGUUUUUUAUGAAUAGAUACUAA